CCUUCCCAAUUUCCUACAACUUUCUCAUUUAGCGUUGCGUUUCGUUUCGUUUUGCUGCGUUGCCCUUGCCUUACCUACGUACGACAUCACUGACUUUGACUUUCGUUUCAUAAUAUCAUUACCACUAUAUAAAACUUUAUUAUAUAUAUACACACACAAAAACUUCCUCAUCUAUAUUUUCUAAAACACAGAUUUCCACUCGCUUCAAUUAUCAUUAUCCCACCCACUCUCCCACUUUCUUUAGAAAGAAAAAUCUCAUUUUGACAUUAAAUCAGAAUUAUUACAAAUCUCGUUCUGGCCAUAGAAGGCCUAGCUAGAGAUCUAGAAAAAUGAGCAGAAGUAGUGAUCAAAGAAGAGGAGGUUAUGGAGAUCGUGAGAUGACAACGGCCUCAUCAAAUGAUCAUCAAGAAUUGACGGUGGCUGCCGACGAUUAUGAACCUGCCUUCAUGACAACCGGAGCAGGUUAUACUGGUCCUCUCAUGAUGAGUAGUAACAGUCACAACAGUAGUGCCAAAAACGACGACGAUGAUGAUGACGGGUACGUGGAGGUCACUCUGGACAUCCGCGACGACACCGUCGCCGUUCACAGCGUCCAGGCAGCUGCCUCAGGGAACGAGGACCCUGAGCUGGCCCUGCUCACCAAGAAGACUCUCCACGACAUCAACAGGUCCUCCAAGUCCUCCUCCUUCGGCUCAUCUCGUUUCCGUACUGCUUCCUCACGCGUCAUCACUCACGUCUCCCAGGAGCUCAAGCGCUUGGCCUCCAACUCCAAGAGAUCCUCCUCCACCACUGCAAGCAGGCGCUUCAACCGCAACAAGUCCGCCGCCGCCUACGCCUUGAAGGGCCUCAAGUUCAUAGCCGCCAAGACCGGAGGCAGUGCCUCCGCCGCCGCCUGGUCUGCCGUCGAAAAACGAUUCGACCAACUCACUGCCAAUUCCGAUGGUCUUCUACCAUCUUCUCUCUUCGGCGAAUGCAUAGGAAUGAACAAGGAAUCUAAAGAAUUUGCAGGCGAGCUUUUCCGGGCACUUGCUCGGAGGCGCAACAUAAGUGGUGACUCCAUCAACAAGGCACAGCUCCAAGAGUUCUGGGAACAAGUCGCCGAUGAAAGCUUCGACUCCAGACUCCAGACUUUCUUUGACAUGGUCGACAAAGACGCUGAUGGGAGAAUCACAGAGGAAGAAGUCAGAGAGAUUAUCAGCCUCAGCGCUUCCGCAAACAAACUGUCCAACAUUCAGAAGCAGUCGGAGGAGUAUGCAGCAAUGAUCAUGGAAGAACUAGAUCCGGAAAAUGCCGGGUACAUCAUGGUUCACAACCUGGAAAUGUUGUUACUUCAAGCUCCUAACCAAUCGGUCAGGGUAACGGACAGUCGGAUUUUGAGUCAGAUGCUUAGCCAGAAGCUGAAGCCGACUCAGGAGAGCAAUGCCUUGACUCGUUGGCUGGAGAGGACCAAGUACUUUGUAAUGGACAACUGGCAAAGGGUGUGGGUUAUGAUGUUGUGGCUUGGGAUCGUGUCGGGUCUGUUUGCCUAUAAGUUUGUUCAGUACAAGAACAACAAGCCUGCUUUCGCGGUCAUGGGCUAUUGUGUUUGCAUUGCCAAAGGAGGCGCCGAGACCCUCAAGUUCAACAUGGCUCUCAUCUUACUGCCCGUCUGCCGAAACACCAUCACCUGGCUUCGAAACAAGACCAAGUUAGGUGUCGCUGUUCCUUUUGAUGACAAUCUCAAUUUCCACAAGGUGAUUGCAGCAGCAAUCGUCGUGGGGGUGGGACUUCAUGCCGGGGCUCACUUGAUAUGUGACUUCCCACGAAUUCUCAACGCGUCAGAUGACAAAUACGAGCUCAUCGAACCUUACUUUGGUGAUGAACAGCCUGAAAGCUAUUGGUGGUUUGUCAAGGGAAUCGAAGGAGUGACGGGAAUUAUAAUGGUGGUGCUGAUGGCCAUUGCCUUCACGCUGGCCACCCCGUGGUUCAGGCGGAACAAGCUCAACCUUCCCAAGUUCCUCAAAAGGCUGACUGGUUUCAAUGCCUUCUGGUACUCCCACCACCUUUUCGUCAUCGUCUACACUCUCCUUAUUGUCCACGGAAUUUACCUCUAUCUCACCAAAACAUGGUAUCAGAAGACGACAUGGAUGUAUCUGGCAGUGCCAGUGUGCCUUUACGCUUGUGAAAGGUUGAUCAGAGCACUUAGAUCGAGCAUCAAAGCCGUUAAGCUUCUGAAGGUGGCUGUCUAUCCUGGAAAUGUAUUGGCACUGCACAUGACAAAGCCACAGGGUUUCAAAUACAAAAGUGGCCAGUACAUGUUUGUUAACUGUGCUGCGGUGUCUCCCUUCGAAUGGCAUCCUUUCUCUAUCACAUCAGCGCCUGGAGAUGACUACUUGAGCGUUCACAUUCGGACACUAGGCGAUUGGACUCGGCAGCUCAAAACUGUCUUCUCAGAGGUUUGUCAGCCUCCAACGGGUGGAAAGAGCGGGCUAUUGAGAGCAGACAUUCAAGUUGGGGGAAACAAUAACCCGAGCUUCCCCAAGAUAUUGAUCGACGGUGCAUACGGGGCUCCAGCACAGGACUACAAGAAGUACGACGUGGUGCUGCUUGUUGGACUGGGGAUCGGAGCCACUCCCAUGGUGAGCAUUGUCAAGGACAUCAUAAACAACAUGAAGGCAGAAGAGAACAGAACGACUCCGUCGACGUCUUCGUCGUCAGUGUUCAGGACCCAGAAAGCUUACUACUACUGGGUGACAAGGGAACAAGGGUCGUUCGAGUGGUUCAAAGGAAUACUGAACGAGGUGGCGGAGAUGGACGAGAGAGGCCUCAUUGAGCUGCACAACUACUGCACCAGUGUGUACGAGGAAGGAGAUGCGAGGUCAGCCCUCAUUGCCAUGCUUCAGUCGCUUCACCACGCCAAGAGCGGUGUGGAUGUGGUGUCCGGCACUCGAGUCAAGUCCCAUUUCGCUAAGCCAAACUGGCGCCAAGUUUACAAGAGGAUUGCUCUUCAACACCCUAACUCUCGAGUUGGCGUGUUUUACUGUGGGGCACCGGCACUGACCAAGGAGCUCAAACAACUGGCUUUGGACUUCUCCCACAAGACCUCCACCAAGUUUGAGUUUCACAAAGAGAAUUUUUGAGUAGUUGCAGAGUCAUUAAUAUCAUUAAGUGUUAAUUAAGAUUAGAUAUAUUAUUUCAUUUAUUGAUUUUUUUUAUUAUUAUCUUAAUUUCAUUCUAUCUUUUAAAUGGAUAUAUGUAUUCCUAACUAAACAAAAUCAAUCAUGUAUAUCUGUAUCUUGAUCAAGUAUAGUAGUGAUCCUUUGCUAAAGAGAAAAAAAACAGUGACUAGAUGGAUAGUGAGACGAGAGAGACAGAAAGUAGUCCCCAUUAAGAUUGCUUUACCAGAAUUUAGAAAAGAAGCUAAAGCAAACACUAGAACUGGAAGUGGUGGGAGCCUGCAGCCAGCUGCAAAGUAUAUAUGCCAAUAAUUAAUGAUGUGAAGUAGUCCAUAGAUCUCAAUUGAUACGGCAACACAACCCAGUUGCAUAUAUAAACAUAUUAAUCAGAGGACAGAUAAUACUUUCUAGCCUGGUUUUUUGUAAUAUUGUAACUCAAUGGAAUUGUCUUGAAUAAAAUCGUAUAUUUAAUAAGUU